AUGUCUAGCUCUUCUUUUUGCCAUGAAAAGGAAGGCUGGGGCCCAACGAGCUCCACACGUAUACUCGACUUUACUCUUUGUUUUGAGGAAGGGGGAAUUGUCACUCCAAUUAAUUGCUUCCUUUUCCUUUUUGGUGUAUUUGAGCUUUACCGUUUAUCCAAAAAGCGGCCUGUGAUUCCGACUAACGGAUUGCGGAAUUGGCACUUUAUUACGAUCUCGGUCGCACUUUUCUUACUGUUGGUUACCAGUUUGGCGAUUUUUUUAUCUACCACUUUAAAACUAGGUGUACCAUUAUUGGAUAUUCAGGUGGUUUCUGCGGCUGUAAACGUGCUUGCAGUGUGA